AUGUGGCAGCUGGCAGUUGAACACUUGGCACCAAAGCGGAGCGCGCAGAGCGCUCUUCGUGCGCCCCCACAGGAGACCCCCAUUCCUGCCAAACGCUCUCCCCCAUCCCUCCGCGGCCCGAGCCCUGAUGCAGAGCCGGAGGGCCCAUCCCGGCGGGCGCGUGGUCGAAGGGCGCCUCCCUCCAGUGGCGCGGCGGCUUCUGGCCGGCCAAGCGGAUCCGGUUCCGGAGCUGGACGCGGCCAAAGGCAAGCCGCCCUCCGUCCAGGCAGGGGCGCUGAUCCGCCUCCGGAGGCCUCUGCUGGGCAGGCGAGCGAAGGGGCUGGAUCGCGGCCGGCCGGGCGGAGGGGAGGCCACCCAAGGCCGGGCCCGUUUGGAAUCCCGCGGCGCGACCCGCUCCACAUCUCCACUCCAAAGCGCACGGGUAUCGGCCGCCGCCGCCAAGGCGCGUCGGAGGAAGCGAUGCUCUCCCUGGAUUCGGUGGUGACUCUGGAGGACGUCACGGUCUAUUUCUCCCCGGAAGAGUGGGCGGAGCUAGAGGAAUGGCAGCAGCAGCUCCACCAGGAGGUCAUGAGGGAGAACUACGAGCUGGUCACCUCCCUGGGCUGUGACCUCCGAGUUAAAGAGGAAGGGGAAGAAGAGUCGUGUCAUGUCGAGGAAGGCAUCCGAGGGGUAUUCUUGGAGACGGCCCUCCAGGACACGAAGGCAGGCAGUGAGAGCAUGGAUCCACAACGGCAAAGAGGAACUGUGGCAGAAGAGUACGUGGAUGGGGCAGGACUGUUGCACCAGAGACGGGCUGGCAGAGCUGCUGGGGUGGAGGAGUGCCCCCUCGCUUGCCCGGACUGUGGAAAAUGCUUCAAGAGCAAAACGGCCCUCCUGACCCACCAGCGGAUUCAUACGGGGGAGCGGCCCUUUUCCUGUGGCGAGUGUGGGAGGAGCUUCACCCAAAGGCAGCACCUUGGCACCCACCUCCGAGUGCACGGCGGGCAGCGCCCAUUUGCCUGCGGUGAAUGCGGCAGCACCUUCCGGCUGCAGAAGCUUCUCCUGACACACCAGCGGAAGGCCCACUCCGGUGAGCUGCCCUUGGUCUGUGCUGACUGUGGCAAGCUCUUUAACCACAAACACCACCUGAUGACCCACCAGCGGGUGCACACGGGCGAGCGCCCCUUUCCGUGCCCCGUCUGCGGCAAGCGCUUCACCCAGAAGCACCAUCUCCAGACCCACCAGCGUGGCCACUCCGGGGACCGCCCCUUCCCCUGCACUGAGUGCGGGAAGACCUUCAAGGACCGCGCGGGCGUGCUGAUGCACCAGAUUGUGCACACUGGGGCCAAGCCCUUUGCCUGCCAGAGUUGCACAAAGAUCUUCAGCCACAAGCACCACCUGCUCAUCCACCAGCGGGUCCACACGGGCGAGAAGCCCUUCUCAUGCGAGGUCUGCUGCAAGCGCUUUACCCAGAAACACCACCUCCUGAGCCACGAGCGCAUCCACACAGGCGAACGCCCCUACCACUGCGAGGAGUGCCCUCGCAGCUUCAAGGACAGGAUCACCCUCAAGCUCCACAUCCGCCUCCACACAGGGGAGAAGCCUUUCUCCUGCACCCAGUGCGGGGAGCGUUUCCGGCUGCGGAAGGCGCUCCUCUCCCACCAGCGAGCCCACGACGGCCCCACCCAGCUCAUCUGCACAGAGUGUGGGGAAAGCUUCCCACACAUGCGCAGCCUGGCAGCCCAUGGGCGGCGGGUGCACCCAUCUGCACAAAAGGAGACAUCCAGCCAGCCUGGAUUGGCCAGUAACUCGCCCCGCCUGCUUGAGUUGCAGGCUGAUGGGGAGCAGGCCCAAUCCGCACAGCAUCAACAGCUGGGUAACAGCUGCCCCACCUGGACCAUGGGGAAACAUCCCAGCUGAAGCAAGCUUGCCUGGGACUUUCUGCAGGUCUGCCAGCUGCAAAGGUGCCAGCACUGUGAAUCACCAGGCCAGACCCAAACUGCUCGACUGGGUUUAAAGGGAAAAUGGUUCUUGGCUUGGCCUUCCGGUUUUGGCAUCUUAAGGCAUGCCUUGUGCUUCACUUUUGGUUUUUUCCCAUCACACCUGAAGAUCUCCGUUUUCCUGACCUCUCAUUCCUACUUUGUUGCAGCACUAACCGGAUUUGGUCACUGCAGGACUAACCACAGGGACCAAGCCGGGAGAUGGAUCCCACCCUGCUCGGGCUCCAGCGUUAUUGGACACUGAGUGGACACAGAUCCCGCAGCCUGGGUGGGAGGUCCUGCAGUUGGGUGGGAGGCCUGCCCCCUUUCCUUGGCUAAGAAGAAGCAAGGUCAGAGUGUGUCGUCUGGUGGCAAAGGGGCUGUCCCGAGACUGCAGUUGUGGGAGUUCGAGAGCUUUCUUUCGUGCUUUGUUUGGGGCUGAUGUGUUCUCUAUUUAUGAUUGCAUUUAUACCCCACCUUUCCAGAAAGGAGUUUGUGGUGGUGUUCAUAGUUCUCCCCCUCCCUAUUUUAUCUUCCCAACAACCCUGUGAAGUAGGUUAGGUAGAGAGAUGGUGACUAGCACAAGAUCACCCAGUGAGCUUCAUGGCCGAGUGAAGAUUUGAACCCCAGGUCUCCCAGGCCCUGGACCAACACUCAGUCUAACCCCUGAACUGCACUGGUUGCAGUUUGGAUGAGUUGAGACUUCAGGGAGAGAAUCAGUGCUCAGGAUUUUAAAUGCAGCAAGACUCCAACGAAGGCUCCGUGCUCGAUGCAUUGAGCAAGAAGAAAGUGGUACCGCCAGGUUUCAUUUAUUUAUCAAUGUCCGAAGUGGGGAUGUUGCUAGGAAUUUAGGACUGGGGGUGGGGAGUACAAGACUCACAACUAAGAUGGGAGAGAAAUUUGAUUCUGUUUGCAUUUAAAGGUGAACCUACCAAAUUAGCACUUUCCAAAACAGUACACCAACCACACCCCAGCCAUCCUUUGAAAUUUGUGCUUCUCUGAAUUUUGCCGUCCAGGUCUCCAGCCACGUAAUGUGUACAAAAAUGCAUAUACUGAGGUAAAGCAUGUGUAUAAAUGCAUAGGUCAGUGAGAAGAAGCAUACACAAUGCAUUAACUUAGGCAGGCUGGAGAACCUUUGGCCUUCCAGAUGUUGCUGAAUGAGAACUGUCAUCCGUGGCCAUUGGGCACGCUUGCUAGGGCUGAUGGGAGUUGUCAUUCAGCAACAUCUGGAGGGCCAAAGGUUCUCCACACCUGGCACGAGGAAACACUGCAUUGCGAAAAUGUGUAUAUUUGGCAAGAUUGCACGCAAAAUUGUGUAUUAGGAGAAAUUCACACUAAAAUGUUGAUGAAUUUUCAUGAGGACAUUUUUUAAAAAAAUCAAAAACUGAUGUGGCAAUAUGGAGAACCAUCCUCUAGACUGAGAGAAUCCAAAAUGGACAGAUUCUCAUGGAGGAGGUAGAGCAGGCUUGAUCUCUCUUGCAGGACCAGGACCCCUGCAGAGAAGCAGAUUUCAGUUCAUCGUUAGGAAAAAUUUAGUGACAAGAGCUGUUUGAGAGGCUGCUUUGGAAGGCAGUGGGUCUCUCCUUUGCUGGAGGUAUUUAAACAGAAGCUGGACUUCCACAUGUCAAUAAUCCAGUACUUGCAAGUUCCUGAAUUGUAGAUCUGGCAUUGAGCAAGGGGUUGUACUGGAUGAUCUCUGAGGUCCCUUCGUUUUCUACAAUGGUGUACUGUCUUGCUAAUGAUAGAAUCUAUGAUUGGGGUUUUAAAUUAAGGCAGAAGUUGAAAAGCUUUUUUUACCUGGCUGGUCAGAUCUGUAUCUCCCCCCUACCCCUUUGACUGGUGGGAGGACCACUUACCGGUCUAUCACCUGAUGGUGUCAGGUGACUGACAUCUGUCAAAGUGCAGCACUUUGCACAGCAUUUCCC